GCAAAUUUCUAUUCAAAUUGGAGUCUUUGAACCAAGAACAAGAUGGUGCAAAUCAAGUUUCUAUAUUUUCUGUUUGCCGUAAUGGCACUGGUAGUCCUGGGGGGCAGCAUGGCCCAGGCUGAAUGCCUCUCCAGUAAGUACAAAGGUCCUUGCGCUGUUUGGGAUAUGGACCGGUGCAAACGACUCUGCAAGGAGGAAGGACGACCAAGUGGACACUGUUCUGGCAGCCUCAAGUGCUGGUGCGAAAGUUGCUAAGACAUUUAAUAUUUGGAAUUUAAAUUUAAAAAUAAUCAAAUCCAUGGAGAAAAUUAAAAUAAAAUAAUAAAAUAUAUUCAACAUGCAAAGAUUACGUUUCACAA